AUGGCUCCUGCAGUUGACGGUCACUUUGCCAUCAUCGCCGGCAUUUCUCUUUCCUUUGUCGCCGUCAAGGUACUGAGGCGGUUCAUCACGAAGCGACAGAAUAGUCCUUCUCUUCCUCCUGGCCCGGUGCCGCUCCCACUGUUGGGGAACGUCUUAUCUGUUGACGCUCGGGAGCCUUGGCUGACUUAUACCGAAUGGGGUGCUGCGUAUGGGGACUUGGUCUUCGUGCAAAUCAUAGACGAGGAAAUGGUCGUGGUCAAUUCUCAGCACACUGCGGAAGCCUUACUGGACAAGCGUUCUCGGAUUUACUCUGAUCGGCCUUACCUAGCCACACUCGAGCCGUAUGGCUUGUCAAUCAUCUUCGGUUUCAUGAGUUAUGGCGAUGAAUGGCGUCUCUGCCGACGACUCUUCCACCAAACUUUCCGUUCCGAGUCUGCAGUGAAAUUUCUCCCAAUGCAGAUCAGGCGUGCUCAUGAGAUGGUCAACAACCUUGUCAAUGACCCUCAACAUUAUCAUGACCACUUCGCAACAUUCUCGUUAUCUGUUGUGAUGUCAACUGUAUAUGGCUACGAUGCCAGUGCUCGUGAUGAUCCUCUUGUGCAGAAAGUGGUAAAGGCACUGAUCCCGGGCCUGGCGGUGUUGACCCCAGAAAGAGCAUUGAUGCUUAAGACCUUCCCUUUCUUGCUAAAGUUACCUGACUGGUGUUGGGGAUCAUCGAUCAAGCGUACUGCUCGAUCUUCGACCGAGCGCAUCAAUGAAAUGGCCAACGCACCAUUUCGAUAUGUGCAACAGCACAUGGCAGACAGUUCGAUCCUCGUUCAAUCUUCGAUGGUUGCAGAAAAUUUGCGGCGGAUGGAAACGCAAGAGGAGGUAUCCAAUCCUGCAUUCGAGAGUGCCUUAAAGAAAGCAGCUACUACUGCUACUAUGGGUUCAUAUGAGACGACUUCGGCAAUCUUGAUGGUCUUUGUUUUGGCCAUGGUAUUGUAUCCAGAUGUUCAGAAACGCGCACAAGCGGAAAUCGACUCAGUGGUUGGAAGAGAAAGGCUGCCAACGUUCGAGGACAGAGCGUCACUACCCUACAUUGAUGCACUUUUGCGAGAGACUUUCCGAUGGGAGCCCAUUGGACCCCUUGGCAUACCACAUGCCACCUCGAGUGAUGACAUAUACGAUGGCUAUUUCAUUCCAAAAGGCACAAUCAUCACGUACAACAUAUGGGGCAUUACACGGGAUGAAAAGCGGUACCCCAACGCAUCUCGCUUUAUACCAGAAAGGUUCAUUGACGUUGAUGGCGCGUUAACAGGCGAUGACCCUGCACAAUACUCCUUCGGCUCUGGCCGGCGUAUGUGUCCAGGGCGGUAUACCGCUGAUGCCUCUGUGUGGUCUGCCAUUGUGACCAUGUUGGCCACAUUGGAUAUUUCUUCUGCCAAAGAUGACCAGGGCAAAGUGAUCAGCUUUACUCCCACGUUCACCACGGGAGUGGUUCGCUGUCCCGCGAUCUUCCCUUGCAGUAUCUCAGCACGGUCUCGCAUCCAUUCGGACCUUGUGGACUGUUGCCGAACUGCCGAGUUUUGA